AUGAAGCUGUCCAUUUGUUUUCUAUUGAUUUGUGCUGCUUUGGGUGCAGGGGCAACUAACAAAUCCCCAGAGCACACCGACACCAUCCAGGAAACACCGACGUCAGAAGCAAAUUUGGGACAAAUGCUGAACCAGAAACAGAUCCAUUCGCCAUACAAACCCCUGAAACAGGGAUGGCUUUGCUUCAACACGCUCAUUCCGGAUUGUCAGACGCCCACAUCGUCACCAGCCCAGCAACCAAGUAUCACAACUACAACACCAAUAACACCAUCAACUCCUACGACUACUCAAUCGACUACAAUAGCACCCAGAACAACAACAACUAUUACCCCCACAAUAAAACCAAUCCCUGCAACAACGCUGAAGCCUACGCUGCCAUCUUCGUGCAAAGAGAUAUCAUCUAAAACAUCGGGAGUGUAUCUUAUCAGUGUAAACAACAACAGUGCACCGUUCAACGUUUAUUGUGAGCAGGAGAAAUACGAAGGAGGCUGGAUUGUAAUGCAGCAUCGGUUUGAUGGUUCCGUUGAUUUCUAUCGGAACUGGACCGAAUACCGCGACGGUUUUGGUAACUUGGCGACGGAAUUCUGGCUCGGAUUGGAACGAAUUCAUCAACUCACGUCAGCUCGUAAGCACGAAUUGAUUGUCGAGAUGACGGACUUUGAAGGGAACCACGGGUUCGCUCGCUACAAUGCGUUCCAAGUAGGGAGCGAGAGUGAAAAGUACGAAUUAACAUCCCUGGGAUCGUAUAGUGGCACGGCAGGUGACUCAUUUUCACAUCGAAAUAGGAAUAAGUUCUCUACAAAAGAUCGGAACAACGAAGGCAAAUCCGUGUAUCAUUAUGCUGUUCUUUAUAAAGGGGCUUGGUGGCACGGUUCUGGGGCCAUUUAUUCGAAUUUGAACGGACCGUACACAGCCAAGAAAACCAGCGAUUUAAAAUCAAAUUGGUGGUUCCGUUUCAAAACUGGAUAUAAUCCAUUGGCCUUCACCAGGAUGAUGAUACGGGAACUGUGAGAAUGAUUCUGAUGUAACUUAUCGAUCGGUGCAUUGUGAACUGAAUAAAAGCCUAGUUUAU